AUGGGGGAUGAAGAAAGCGGGGAGAUUGUUUUAAGUAGCGAAACUGUCGAGGAAAAUAACACCGAAGCCGAUAAUACAAGCCAAAAUGUGGGAGAUAAUUUGGUUACCCAACACGGAGAAACUCUAGUAAAGUUGAGACGAGAUAAAAGAACACGAAAAACUCGUUUAACAAAAUUUAAACACGGUUUGCAAAGAUUAUGCAUUAUCAAGGCAGAAAGUAGUGAAAUUGAGAGCUGUAUUGGAGAGUAUGGGAAGUUCUAGAGGAAACUCGUGCGGUAAUGGAUGAAAUGAGUUUGCUAUUUUUAAAGAUUAGUCUUGCCCAGUCGCAUGAAGAAAUAAUGAAGGAGUCGGACAGUUUACAAGAAGAAAUGGAACAGGUAAUUGAGAAUACUGAGGGAAUUUUGACAAAUACAAUAAUGUCUGGGAGCAAUGUCACUGAAGGUCUGAUAGUUGACCUCCAAACUGUAGCGUCACAAGCUCAACCAAGUAGCUUGUCAUCAUCGGUAUCACCACAACAUGUACCCCGAGCGACUCAUGUUACAGUAAGGGAAAUACAGGAACGAAACCAAGAACAUUCAUUACUGGGAUGGAUAGUAGAGAAAGUCAACAGAAACCCCCAUGCUCGUUUUGCGGUAAAAGUGGUCAUCCAAUAUGGACCGGCAAUAUGGUUCUGUAAGCAAUUUCGAAAAUCCAAGGUCGAAUAGCGUUGGAAAACAGCUAAGGAGAAGCAGUUGUGUUUUCGCUGCCUGUCGAAAGAUCAUCAUGGGAAAUAUCGUCGUAGAUCCGGCCAUUGUGUGGGCUUGACGGAUGCCAGUUAAGUCGUCAUCGUUUGCUCCAUGACCCCGAUUACAGUGGGAAGAAAGCCUGAUAUGCCAAAGAACAGCAAGGAAGAUUUGGAGUCCUCACGCGAGGGGGUAUCCUCUCACGUCAAUAUUACCACUGCAACUUGUUGUUAGAAAUCAAAUGUUGAAGCAGACUCUUUACGAACAAUACCAGUGUGGAUUAACGCAAAUGGUCGUAAGAUAAAGGUGGAUGCGGUAUUGGAUGAUGCGUCCAAUGAGACAUUCAUGAACGAGCAAGUUGCAGGUUCAUGUUCUGAACAAUUCAGUGGAGAUCUUCAAAUGAAUGCCUUUACAGACAGAAAUUGA